UUCAACACGUGCAGUCAUUAGUUACACAACCUGCCCGCUUAUAAAACCAUCCCACAGGGUGUACUAUUUGUGUUUUUCAGUCCUCACAGUGUUACGUUACCUUUCUUCUCUGCGUUCAGUGCUCACUUUCAGACUGCAGCUGCUUUCACGUCAGUUCAGAAUGGGAGAUCACAGCAUUGCCCGGCUUUCCCUCAUCAUCUUUUCUGUUGUGUUGUACAUUAUCUGCAUUGUAUUCAAUGUGCUUGCCGGACCAGGAAAAGGUCCUUUUCGUAACACCACUAGCGCAAUAUCAAACAAGUAUAAUACUGAGAUCACUCCAUCGGGAUGGACCUUCUCCAUCUGGGGUGUCAUUUACACCUGGCUGUCAUUCAUGACCGCUUACAUUCUCUCCACUACAUGCAGGAGGAGUGUUAAUGGCCCGAUGUACUGCAGUCCUGCUGUGUUAUCGUAUGGAUUCUUCAUUGUCUGGAUUAUAAACAUGCUGUUGAAUAUUGGCUGGCUCCUUCUUUGGGACAGAGAGGUGAUGAUUGCUGCACUGAUUUUCCUUGCUUUGAUUGCCUUCACGAACUACUUGCUCAUAAUCUUCACCUGUCAUGCCCUCAAACAACAUGGAUCCUGGUUAAACAAAUAUCAUAAAGUAGACCUCUGGUGCAUUCGGAUAAUGGUUCAGAACGGCAUUGCAAUUUACACAACAUGGACAACUAUUGCAACCCUGAUCAACUUCACUAUUGUGCUGAGAUAUGAAGCCGGGAUGACUGAUUCAGAUGCAGCGACCGUCUCACUCUCUGUUCUGUUGGGUGAAGCUAUUGCUUGGUUUAUUGUGGAGACUUUUGUGUUUGAGAAGCAUCUGCGAUACAUUCUGACUGUCUACCCUGUUGUUAUCGUGGCAUUGAGUGGAAACAUGACAAAGAACUUUAACUCUGCGGAUCCGAGCCGAAAUGGCAUUUACAUAGCUGUUCUGCUGGGUUUGGCUUCUACACUAUUUGCGAUCAAGGUUUUGCUGGUCAUUUGGAGGCACAUUAAACAUCCUCUCUACAGAGACAUGGAUGCAGAUGAAUCUGUGUUACCGAUGGAGAUCUCUGAAAAACAAAAGGCGAUUCCAUUUUAGAUUUAUAAUCGUCCAAAAAUAUGUUUUUAUUAUUAUUUAUUUUUAAUCAUUCAAGUAUGUGUAUUUUAUAUGUACUUUUGAUAAAUAAUAGAGAAAAUUUUGUAAUAAAUUGCAAAGCUUGUGUAAUUGAGUUGCUCAAAAGGAAUUACUCAUAUCAGGGUAAGGGGUUUCAGUAUUGAGUAUCUUUACAGUGACCAUGACCUGUGCACUACAGUGUAUGAUUUUCUACAGCAAUAAAAUUAUAAUGAAUAACUGAUCCCCAGUUAUUCAUAUAUAGGGAAGUUGUAGAGGGGAAGUCAGGAGAAAGCAUUUUAAAAGGGAGAUUGUUUCCUUCAUGUGAAGAAAUUUAACUCAGGAAUUAGUUGCCAUUUGUUUUUCUGAUACCGAAGUUGUAUGAAGUGAUUUUUGUAC